AUGCGUUCGUCACGCGCUGCGCUACCAACCUUUGCCGGCAUCCUUCUGGCUGCUAGGUGCCAUUGCAGUCAAUCAAAGUGCUCGCAGUCUACCUUCAAGGCAGUCUUGGAUUCCAUCCCUGGCACAUCGAUCAAUUACAUCGCCGAGGUGCCUCUGAACGGAUCGUUUGGCGAUGCCGCUACAAACAUCCCUUUUCCACACAACGCCACGGGGCUUCCAGAACUUUGCGCCGCAUCAUUCAACACCAAAACCCCAGGAGAUACCUCGUACAACUUUGGUGUUUUCCUUCCGAGUCAAUGGAAUGGUCGCUUUUUGGCUACGGGCAACGGCGGCUUGGGGGGCGGAAUAAACUGGAUCGACAUGGGCAUAUUCUCCCAGUAUGGAUUCGCAUCAAUGUCUACGGAUACUGGGCACAGUUCUGCGGCGACUGAUGGGAAAUGGGGCCUGCAUCAGCCGGAAAAGCUCAUCAACUGGGGAUAUCGAGCCAUGCACGGCUCUGCCACGGCAACAAAGGAGAUUGUCAGGUCCUACUACGCCGAGGACAUUGAAUUCUCCUAUUAUGCCAGUUGCUCCACUGGUGGUCGUCAGGGGCUCAGAGAGAUUCAGCUUCACCCCGACACAUUUGACGGCGUCGUGGUGGGAGCACCGGCCUGGUGGACGACACACCUUCAGACAUGGACCGUGAAGCAGGGGCUGACCAACUUGCCGGCGAAUAGCUCUCAUCAUGUACCCUCCGCUCUCUUCGGUGCCAUUGCGGAUGAAAUGGUUCGGCAGUGUGAUGCUCAGGACGGGGUGCCAGACGGCAUCAUCAGCGACCCGGACGGAUGCAAUUUUGACUUUAAUCGGCUUCUCUGCUCGCCAGGCCACAAGACGGCCUGCCUGACGCCCUCCCAGAUAGACACUGCCGAAAGGCUCUACAGAAACUACCUGGAUACAGACCAGGCCCUCGUGUUUCCCGGCAUGUCCCUUGGCGCCAGUGCAGCCGCUCUCUCUGCUCAGCCCUCGACCCUGGGGGUCGACUUUCUCCGCUACUGGGUUUUCAAUGACAGCAGCUGGGACUACACGACUUUCAAGUACGAAGACGUGCUGAUGGCGGAGAAGGUCAAUCCCGGGGGCGCGACAGCCGACGAUUUCGACCUGUCUCCUUUCCAAAGCCGAGGCGGCAAACUGAUUCACUACCAUGGGCUAGCUGAUGACUUGAUUCCCGCGGGAAGCAGCCGGCAUUUCUACGACCAAGUCUAUCGUACCUUGGUCCCGAAAGGGAUCAAAGUUGACGAAUUCUACCGCUUCUUCUUUGUUCCCGGCAUGCAGCACUGCAUGGGCUCGACGGUGGCGCCUUGGUAUAUCGGGGGCGGGUCACAAAGCGUAACGGGGGCAAGUCAUUCUGUUCCCGGGUUCAUGGAUCCCCAACACGACGUCAUCUUGGCCAUCAUGGCCUGGGUUGAGAGCGGCAAGGCGCCCGACAAGAUGAUCGCUACCAAAUUCCGCAACGACUCGGCCCUUGCCGGGGUGGAAUCGCAACGACCACUCUGCACGUACCCCAAGCAACCACGGUAUUUGGGACACGGCGGUGUAAACGAAGCUAGUAGCUGGGAAUGCAUUGAAAUAAACACGACAAGGAUGGAUCAGAACAGCUCCGCCAAUAUCAUCACUAAACUCACAGGCGAGUCCGAGUUGAACUCUUCCUUCACGACUAAUAUCGUCAGCUGA